AUGUUUAAGUUUAUGCGCAUAACUAAAGCAAUUAACAAAACUGUUGUUUUAACAAGGAAAUAUUGUGAUCCAUGUGAAAAAUCGACGUGUUGCCCGACUAGUCCACCGUCCUACACCUGUUCUCAGUUACCAGCUUACUAUUGCUGCCCAAGGACAAAAUACGAUGUAAACUUUAUCUACGUAAAUGAUAAGCCACCGAGCACAGCGCUAAGGGACUUUGUUGAUAGAACUGCACAAACUCUUUUCUGGACAGAAAUUAUUAGAGGCUUUGCCGUGACGCUCGGACAUAUAUUCAAAGAGCCGGCGACGAUUAACUAUCCAUUUGAAAAGGGACCGCUGUCACCUCGAUUUCGGGGCGAACAUGCACUUAGAAGGUAUCCUUCGGGAGAGGAGAGAUGUAUUGCUUGCAAAUUAUGCGAAGCGUUUUGUCCAGCUCAAGCAAUAACAAUAGAAGCAGAAGAGCGUCACGAUGGUUCCCGACGGGCCGUAAGAUACGAUAUAGAUCUCACCAAAUGUAUAUUUUGCGGAUACUGCCAAGAAGCUUGUCCUGUUGAUGCAAUAGUCGAAGGACCGAACUUCGAAUAUUCAACUGAAACACAUGAAGAAUUGCUGUAUAAUAAAGAAAAAUUGCUAAGCAAUGGUGACCGCUGGGAGCCUGAGAUCGUUAGCAAUUUGAGAGAUAAUCACUUAUAUCGAUAAAUACUUAAAUUAUUCACAAUAUUUGUUUUUUUUUAAAAAACAAAAAAAAUGCGGUGUUCAUGUAAUUUAUUCGGACUUGUUGAAUUGUAUAAUCUAAAAAUAUAUCUGUUCAUUAAUA